AGCGCUACCUGUAUUCGUUGGCGGAAUUGUCUCGGUCACUCCUCUUCUGCCGUAGGCCUGGGCUAGACCUCUCUGCCGGUCGCUGUUUUGAUUUUUUUUACGAUCUAAUGAGCCUUCAUUCCCUUCAAACCAGCAUAAUGGUAAGAGGAUGGAGUAUAAUACCCGGAGGACUGAACUGCCAGAUACCCACAGGACUGUAAAUGCAAAGUCGUCAAACAGGUGGAGUAGGAAUUUUGCUUCUCGCGGACUAAUUAGUGAUGAUUAAUCGUGCACGUCGUCUUCCCCAGUCACUAUACUACGGGACUCGGCUGCAGAUACAUCAUUGGUGCUCAAAGAGGCUGUUCCUAACCCUGAUUGUUACACUGGAGACAUGCAGUGUCCACCUAGACGACCGACACUAGCCAGGACUCCACCAUGUCCUCCACUUCCUCAGACGACAACACCAGCGAGGAGGAGGAGGAAAGGGAGGAAAAGGAAGGAGAGGAAGACGCAGAGAAGGAGGAGGAACCCCAGGUGGAGGAAGAAGAGGAGGAGGAAGAGGUGGAUGAGCCUAGGGCGUGGUGGGUGCUGCAACGCGUGUGGAUUCUCCUGGGAUUCCCGAAGCCUGUGAAGGUGCCCCUGUUGCAAUGGCCUCAGCGAGCCUCCGAGGACGACCACCUCACGCCCCUCUUGGAAUUCCUGGACAAGGGCGAGGAGGGGAGCUGCCUCGUUUUCUGGUCCCCCGACGAGGAGCGGGAGGCGGAGGCAGAGAAGCAGGAGGCAGCGAGGAAGGCGUCUGUGGAUGAGGAGUGUGGGAGGCACUGGGACGCCGAUAGACCCACUGCCAUCGGCACAGCCACUACCUUCUCGUGGAAGUUCGACGCGGCUGAAGAGGACGAGCCCGAGGAGGACGUCAGCCCGGAUUGCAAGGUUGAGACCUACGCCACCCACUUCGCGUCGACCCAGACAGUGUUCCAAGUCCGAUCCGGCGCUGCGCCCGCGGUCAUGGGCGUGAGCAUGGUUCAGGUGAAGAAAGCCAAGGGCGGCCUCGUGCCCUACAUGAACGACAACAACGAGGCCGUCGACCACAUGCCGUACCACGUACACCUCACGUACAUUCCCUGCGACACGCACAAGGGACUGCACUCCAUGUUUCACCAGUUGUACUUGCCGCUGUGUGAACGCCUGGGCAAAAGCGACCGCACCGCCUACCUGUCGUCCCUCGCGCAUAAUUUCUCCAGGCUGAGCGCCCUGCGGGAGCCCGAACCGCCGCUCGACUACGACUCUGACGACGACGACGAGGGCGCCAAGAAGGCGGCGGCGGCGCGUGCUGGGACGGCGCGCGACGCGGGCGAGGAGGGCGAGGAGGAGGUCGAGGGCGGCGCGGCGACGUCGGGCGGCGAGGAGGAGCAAGCGCGGAGGCACAAGAGCCCCCGGAGGCUCGUCCUCAACAACGUCCGACGCCUCUACGAGAAGUACUCGCAGGUGAGGAGGCUGCCUUGGCGUCUCGUUUGAACUGAUUAGCCCUGAAUGCUUAUUUACCACACUUUGCUUUCGUGAUUGAUAUUCUGAUGAAAUGACGAUGAUUUGCAUGCUUUCUAAAAAAAAAAGUCGCAUCGGUCGCUGUACCGAAAUGGUCAUUCCGCCAGUUAACUCUUUCAGUGAGCCACAGGUACCUUUUCUCCUCCUCAUAGCCCGUCGUCGGCACGAGCCUCGGCGACCUCCGCCAGACCUGGGUCGCAAGGUUCAUGGAGCUCUCGAGCCAGCUGGCCCA